AUGGCUAACCCGGUCGAGCUCGAAGCGCGCGAGAACUGGAACAUCCUCAAGCUCGGCAAGCCUUGCAAAGAGCCUUCCAGCUUCACCUCUGCCGUCAGCACUCGGGCAAUCGACACCACCAUCAUCAACAACGACGGCGCUUCGGUUGCCGGACAGAGCGGAGCUCGCGGCCACUUUGGCUUCAAGCUCAACUCCAAGGAGGACAAGAUCUGCUGGGACAUUACCACUGUCGGUGUGACCGGAGAGUACCAAUCUCCUGCCAACACUGCGACACACAUCCACCAAGCCGCUGCGGGAAGCGCAGGUCCGCCUCGUCUUGCCUUUCCCAACCCAGAGUUCAAGUACACCGAUGUUGAGGGAAAGGAGGUUCGCGUCAGCAAAGGUUGCGCUCAAGGACCCUUCAGCACUGGUCUGACCGUCGCUGGUCAACCGGGCGUCGACACUGGCUCUGCUUCGGGCUUCACCAUUGCCCAGAUUGAGAACAACCCCGUCGGCUUCUUUGCCGACACCCACACCGUGGAAUUCCCUGCUGGAGCCAUUCGAGGUCAGCUG